UAAAUUACAAGCAUGCAUAUUUUACUUGCAUUUAAUGCCUAGAUUUGUAGAAAGAUAAGAUUUGUAGAGAGAAGGUGCUAGAUACUAAUGCUAGGUUUCCGUGACGUCUCUGCAAAAUGACAAAGAACUUGCAGCUUUGAGUUUGCUGGGGGAGGGAACAUGUUUGGAUGUCACAUAGGCCACCUGUUCAUACCUGUUACAAUGGACAUUCCAUUCCAACCGCAUUCUGGUCGCUCAAAGACUUUGAGGCUUUAUGCAUUGCACCAUGUUAAAAUAUAUGCAUAUAUUUUAUAUGUGACAAAUGUGUGCAUUACAAACUAUGCAUACCCUUGCCAUAUUGUUUGGAGCAAAGCAGAUAAAGAUUUCCUUAGAAAGCAGUAAAUUCCUGCAGUAUGUGCUGCUGGGUAUAAACCCAACAACACAGAGACAACCUGAUCCAAGCAGCACAAAACCAAGGAUUUUUAAAUUAGGAAAAGAUAUUCUGGCAGGGUAGCUUAAGUAAGCUCGAGAUAGGAAACCUAAAUUAACACUAACCAUUCUUACUGGAACAGAGACUAAAUGAAAGCAGAAAAGAGCACAAUUCACAGGACUUCUAAAAUAGAAACAUUUAAAUGGGUUCAUACACUAAGCUAAGAAAAUUUUAUAUGUAAUGUUUUGAUGCAGUAUCGCGGCUACAAACACAUAAAGAAGUUAACUGAUUCAAAUUAGAAAACCCAACUAUUUUAUUGAAUAUGUAUGCUUUGCAAUAAAUUUGAGUCAGCACCAGCGACAGCUCUGCAGUCCUCCAAUGUAGUGCAGAUCAGGUGGUUGCAGAGCCCCAGCUAGCAGCAAUACGAUGCAGCUGAAGAGGCAAGCACAAUCCACAGACAGCAACUGUAGCUACUCUCUAGAACAAGACGACCUCUAAGCUUAAAUCUUUCACAGAAAUAAUGUGCUGAUAUUGCAGAAGACAUUACGGCAGCAAUGGAACACCAGAUACUGAAAGCAUCUACCUGCCUGCUGGUCUUUCUAUUUUUCAUACCCACUGUUCUGGGUAUCUGUCCUUCUAUCUGUACAUGCUCAGGAAACAACAGGAACGUGGACUGCUCAGGCAGAAACUUAACAGUAUUGCCACACGGACUCCAAGACAACAUUACAUAUUUAAAUCUGUCGUUUAACCAGUUCAUAGAUCUCGAUCAUCAGCUGACGAGAUUCAGCAAUUUAAGGACUCUUGAUAUUUCAAAUAAUUGGCUCAAGAAUGUUCCUGCUCAUCUGCCCAAGUCCUUGUGGGAAUUGUAUGCCAUAAAUAACAACAUUAAGGUCCUUCAGAAACUUGACACAGCUUACCAGUGGAACCUUAGAGUGCUGGAUGUUUCCAGGAAUAUGGUGGAAAGAGCUGUUUUGAUCAACAACACACUGAGCAGUCUCAAGUUUCUCAACCUCAGCAGCAACAAACUUUGGACAGUUCCAACCAACAUGCCCUACAACAUAGAGACAGUGGAUCUAUCCAAUAACUUCUUGUCUCAGAUACUUCCAGGAACGCUGGUGAGAUUACAGCACCUCACAAGUCUCUACCUACACAACAACAAGUUCACAUACAUUCCUGACAAAGCUUUUGAUCAGCUCUUUCAGCUGCAGGUAGUAACACUAUACAACAACCCGUGGUCCUGCAGCGAUGAACAAAAUAUCUCUUAUUUGCUUAAAUGGGUGCAGGGCACCCCUGCCAGGGUGCGAGGGGCUCCCUGCGCCGACCAGUCCACGCUGUGGGCCAACAUCACGCCGACCUCCGCCGCCGCGCCAGAUGCCAGCUUCAUGAUUAAAGGAAUGAAGGCAGCAGACAUUGCUGCCUCUCCAGCGGCAGCUGAACCGACCCACAUGACAAAAAUGCAUAAACUAUUUAAAGCAAAGGAAGUUACUACCUUGGCUUCGUUAAGCCAGACAGUACUGUUCACGAGCACAGAGCGGCCCGUGCUCCUCUACCCCGAAGAGCUGACGACCAGGAAGGUCAGCGCUUACGAAGCGGCUGCCACACACAGCAUCCACAUUAAAGAUUCAACCGAUGUGAACUCAAGCCUGACUCAUUCAACGGGAUCAUCCAGCACUCCAAUGACUCUUAGUAUUACCAGUGGAAUGCCAACAAACUACUCCAGAACGCCUCAAAGCACAACCGCUACCUUAAGGAGAGAGGAAGCCACUACCAGCGUUCUGAACACUGACGUGCCCUCCAAAGCGAGCGCCUGCGAGAUGUGCUUGUUUUAUGCUGUAAUGCUUAAUGCAGUGGCAGUGCUUAUUGGUAGGAGCUCUGAGGUUACUCCUGUGACACGCAGCUGGGGGGGAGGCAUCCAGGUCAAACAGCAAAUCAAAACACGAGAAGUCUGAAGUUCUGACUGAUCUAAAGAAAGUAACAGUUCCUAAAGAAGUGCAGACUAAUGUCUCGAUACUAAGCUGCUACUUAUUUUAAUAUGUCUUAAUUGAGUAAAAUUAACCUAUGCUCUUGUUUUUUAAGAUGUGCUUAUUUUGUAUUUAAAUUUUUAAUUUUACUUGCACAGAAUUUUAAGUACUGAUUGUAUUAUUUUGUCACUAAACAACUGGAAAAAAACAGAAGUCCUGUAUCAUA